CGUGGACACGUGAUCACAGGCGGGUAUUAAACAGACCGAGCGGCGCUCUGCUUCUGUGACAGGAAAGCACGUUUAAUACACAUGAGAGACAUCAUACGACCGACUAUUGACUCUUCAUUCUCAAUUAGCUGUACAGUACUGCACCCUAGUAGCUGCAUAUGUGUUAAAGAGCUGAAUGAGCCGAGUAUUAACGGAACAAAGUGAAUCCUGUGUAGUGGUAUGCUAAGUGAUGCUAAAGUUAGCGCGGUGAACCGGAGCGGUGACGUCAUCAACUCUGCAGCCUCUUUCUCUUCUCUUUCUCUCUAAAAUGACCUCAAACCCUCCGAGACCAGCUUUCCAAAACAAACGUGUAGCGAUCUUGGCGGAGCUGGAUAAGACAAAGAGACAGCUCCAGAACCAGUCCAUGAACAACCCUGGCGGCAGCAUCUCUCUCUCCAGGCCGAACCUGAAGGAGUUUCGGGACAAUGCAGAACAGCAACACAUUGCAGCUCAACAGAAGGCUGCUCUGCAGCACGCACACGCCCACUCGUCCGGAUUCUUCAUCACUCAGGACUCGUCGUUCGGGAACCUCAUCCUUCCCGUCCUUCCCCGCCUGGAGGCAGCCGAGUCCUGACCUCCGACCUCUGGAGGCACUGUACUGACCUCUGACCCCUGGGUACCCCUGUCCUGAUCUCUGACCCCUGGGAACCCCUUUCCUGACCUCCGACCCUUGGGAACCCCUAUCUUGAGCUCCGACCCCCGGAGUCCCUCUCCUGAUCUCUGACCCAUGGAGAACCCCGGAUCUCCAACCUCUGCGGACCCUGACCAGACCCCUGGGGACCGCCUGCCUGACCUCCAAAUCAGUCUCCAGACCUCAGGUUGGGGGCGGGGCUUCAAGAGCAAGAUGACCGGUCAAUCCUUCCCUUCAAACAAGGGCCCAGUCGUAUGGACGGCUGCUUUGAUUGGUUGGCUAAGGCUCUGCGUCUUCUUGCCCAGAUAUUAAAUCCACAGCCGCCCCCCACCACUCCCCCACUCACAUAUUAUGUUUCUACGCCGUCUUUCCAUUUAUCUUUCUAUGGCUCUUUUAAAAUGCUAUCCCUUGUCAUUUCAAGUUCACUAGGAUGCUGCCCUCUAGAGGACAGGUCCAGACAGUUAGUUUUAUUGUUCUUAACUGUUUUUUACAUGGGUGCAGAGAAGUUGCCGUUGCCAAGUUGCCAUCUCGGUUGCAUUGCUUAUAUAUAUGUGUUUGUUUGUGUGUGUGUGUGUCCAAGGCUUUUUCACAUGGAACAUUAAUACAUAUAUAUAUUUAUGUAGGUAUGCUGUACAUUGAUCAUUUAAGUACAUAUAUAUAUAUAUGUUGGUAUACAAUGUAAUCUUUUAAUGGCCGUGGUUAAGUCUCGUACUCUGCAGUUUAAUAAAUCAUUGGAAAUAAA